AUGAUGAGAAUCUCUAUUUUCCCUCUUCUUUUUCACAUCCUUUGUUUGCUUGCAUUAAACACCGCACCCUUACAUGCAAACAAAGAAGAAGCUGAAGCUCUCUUACAAUGGAAGAUCAAUGGCCUAUCAUCUUCUUUACUGGAUUCUUCCUGGUCUGUCAACAACCUCACAAAUGUGUGCAAUUGGGAGGGAAUCAUCUGUAACCGGGGCGGAUCUGUUUCAGAGCUCAAUCUACCUAAUGGGAACAUCAGAGGUACACUUGAACCACUCCGUUUUUCAUUACUACCUAAUCUUACUCGCAUCAAUCUGAAGAACAAUAGUUUGAGCGGAGUGAUCCCAGUGUCUGUGUUUUCCAAGCUAGAUAGCCUGGAGCAUCUUGAUCUUGGUAACAAUUUCUUCCAAGGACCUUUUCCCAUUAGUCUUACCAACUUGUCCACUCUUAAAUUUCUUCGCCUUUCAAACAACAAUCUUUCUGGCGCAAUUCCAGAAGAAAUUGGCUCAAUCACCAGUCUUCAAGUACUGAAAUUGUCCAAAAAUUCAUUUCAGGGGAAGAUUCCGCCUUCCAUAGGAACCCUAAAACAUCUUAAGUAUCUUUCUCUCAGAAGAAAUCAACUGAAUUCUAUGAUUCCCUUUGAACUUGGGCUAUGCACAAAUCUUGAGUACUUGAAGCUAGGCCAUAACUUUCUAACAGGCGAGUUGCCUCGCAGUAUGUCCAAUCUUUCCAAACUAGUUGAGUUACGUUUAUCUUCCAAUAGACUUUCAGGUGAGUUAGUACCACACCUCAUUGCCAACUGGACACAAUUAACUUCCUUGUUUAUGCAUAACAAUAAUCUCUCUGGAAUCAUUCCCUCUGAAAUUAGUUUAUUGACACAACUUCAAUAUAUUCAGUUGAGAGAUAACCAACUUUCGGGUCGCAUUCCCUACAACAUUGGGGAUCUGCAAAAGUUGUCUCAACUUGACCUUGUGAAAAACCACCUCUCUGGUCCAAUUCCACCAACAAUUGGAAAUUUAACACAGCUUUUUCUGCUAGAGCUUUCAGAUAACUAUCUUAGUGGAUCAAUACCACCAGAAGUUGGACAUUUAACAUCACUAUAUGUUGUAUUCAUAAGUUCCAACUUGCUUCAUGGACCUGAGAUCUUAUCAAUCUUUUGCAACGUCACAUCUCUUUCAGGCCUUUUAAUAGCUGAUAACAAAUUGAAUGGACAUAUUCCAAAAUGCUUGGGAAACAACACGAAUCUAAAGUUUUUGGAACUGAAUGCCAAUGAGCUUAACGGGGGUAUUCCAGAAUCACUCUGCAAUGCAUGCCACCUUCGAUUUCUUACCUUGGCAAGUAACUACAUGAGUGGGGUAAUUCCAAAGUGUGUGGGAAAUUUUAGCAAUCAACUCUCAGGCUUGCAUCUUGACCAAAAUUAUUUUGAUGGACCUAUGCAUAGAGAGUUUUGUACUAGUUCAACUCCUGUCAAAUUCCUUGGCUUAUCUGAUAAUUCUUUGAGCGGUGUUAUUCCUCCAUGUUUGGGAAAUCUAAGCACAACAUUGUCACUACUUGAUUUAAGCAUGAAUCACUUUGAUGGAACCAUUCCAGCAGACGUUUCAAGGGGUAAAGUUCUUCGAGUUCUCAUCUUGGAUCAUAACCAAUUUGAAGGACCUUUGCCUCCUACUCUCAUCAACUGUACGGCUCUCCAAAUCCUUGAUGUUGGAAACAACAAGUUAAAUGACUCUUUCCCACACUGGUUAGAUGCUCUUCCACAAUUGAUGGUGCUCGUUUUAAGAUCAAAUCAUUUUCAUGGAGUGAUUGGAAAUCCUACCAUCAAGCUUCCCUUCCCUAGGUUGAGAGUUUUUGAUCUCUCCAACAAUUAUUUCACCGGACCUCUGCCUACAUAUUAUUUGCUACAUUUUACUGGGAUUAUAAAUAAUAUUAGUUCUGACGUACUAGUAACAUACAAAAUAGGCGAUUUCUCUUUCGAAGAAGAUAGCUCCGCAGUGCUAGUGGUGAAAGGGUUAGAGCGGUCCGUGAGACGAAUUCUAAAUCUUUACACCAGCAUCGACUUAUCAAGUAACAUGUUUCACGGAGAGAUUCCUUUUUCCAUAGGAAAUCAACUUUAUACUCUUCGGCUUCUUAAUCUGUCUCACAACAUGCUGACGGGGCAUAUACCUCUAUCACUCGGAGAUCUAACUUUGCUUGAGGCCUUAGACAUCUCCAACAACCAACUCACCGGGAAGAUUCCGUGGCAACUCUCAAAUCUUGGAUUUCUCGGUGUUCUAAACCUCUCCUAUAAUCACUUAUCUGGAGCUAUACCCCGCAGUAGACAGCUUGAUACAUUUGGCAACGACUCCUAUUUGGGAAACACAGCAUUGUGCGGAUUUCCAUUGACACUAGAAUGUGACGCUAAAAACCCACCUCUGCACUCAAAAGAAGAGGAGGAGGAAGAGGAUUCAAGUUUUUUUAAUGGAUUUUCUUGGCAAAGCGUGACGAUAGGGUACUGCUGUGCAUUUCCAUUUGGAGUUUGUGUGGGAUAUUUUGCUCUGCGUUACGGAAAAUUCAACUGGUUGCUAAGGAAACUCACAUGGAAGAGAGGAAUGGGUUCCAACAAGGCAUGCUAG